AUGAUACAGUACUUCAGUCCAUUAAGAGCUUUGGUUGUGGAGUACAAACUGAACAUUACGGGACACGACUUGUUCGUUUAUCGUUCAUGGAGACGUCGAGAAAAUAAAGAAAAUGAAAAAAAUUUAGAAGACAUAAAAUAUGAAUCGAAUUGUAGUAAGAAAGGUCGCAAUUUGUCUAGUAGGUCUGGACGUGGUGGAAGAGGGUCAAGUCGUGGUUUUUCAUCUCGAUCUCUUGUAAAUAAAGAAGAAUUAUCUUCAAGUUCUAACAGUUUUAGUCGACCUAUUGAUACAUGGACCGGUAAUGAGGAUCAACUAAGUAAUCGCAAAGAAUCCAAAAUAGACUCGUGGAAUUCUGUAGAUGCAGCAGAAGAGUGGGAUAAUGAAGAAUACACGGGUUCAUUAGCAGAUACAAAAGUUUUUACGCCAAGUACUAUAAAUAAUGAAUCCAUAGCUGUUUCUGAGAAACACGAAGGCGAAGAAAUUUUUUCUACAAAACCUUUGCAAUCAACGAUUAUAAUCAGUAACAUUCAAAGACAAAUAAAAAAUCGACCUCGCUUACCACCUCCUUCCAAAAUCCCUUCAAGUGCUGUGGAAAUGCCAGGUGAUACUUUAAGCAACAGUAUUAGUUUUUUGGAUGUUCAGUUUGGAGCGUUAGAGUUUGGUAGCGAUGCAAAUAUUGACACAACGAGUCAAGAUAAGUACAAUUCUAAUUCUAAUUCCAUCGUACCAAACAUCGAAUCUGCUCUUUCAUCGAAAACUGUUGUAAGCUCUAUGAGUACUUUAACUGAUGGUGCACAAAUUUCUCCUAGUCAAAAAUUUACUGCAGUUAAAAUG